GAGGAAGACCGCAUGCUAUGGUUGUUCGGAGAUUCUUCGAAUUCACGAUCUUAAAGUCAUAUGAUUCACAGCAAAUAUAGCAACAAAUAUCUCAAUUCGCAUUUUCCAAAGCCACGAAACGUGCAUUGAGUUUGGAGCGAUAUGUGAAGUGAAGAUUGAAGACGUGAUAGAAGAUGGACGACUACUGCUAUGCUAAGAUGGCGACGUCCGCUAAAAGAGAACAUGAAAGAGAAUCAACUUCCAGCAAAUCACCAACGGAGAUAAAGACGAAAGAUGAAGACGUCCAGCAGCUGAUCGGUAAUCCAGAAGAAGUUUCCCCUCAGUUAGGGGGGAGCUCCACUUUGAAGCAGGAGACUCCACAACCACCCUGCAUUAAAAAGGAAGAGGAGGAACUCUGCAUCACUCAGGAGGGAGAGUGUCUUCUAGGACGAGAGGAAGCUGAUUACACCAAGUUUCCACUGAAUAUUCUCUUUGUGAAGACUGAAGAUGAUGAAGAGAAACCACAGGUAGACGACCUCUUAGCCCCACUAUCAGAUAGUGAGGCUGAAGACGAGGUUGAAGAACCUUUGAGCAGAGAUAAAGACUGUGAUGGUGAUAUGAGGACUCACACUGACAACAAACACUCUGAAUGCUCUACAAAGAAGAGAGGUAAAACAUGUUUGAGCUGCUCGGUUUGUGCUGAAACUUUUACUAAAAAGAGCCGUUUGACUCAACACAUGAGAACACACACAGGUGAAAAACCAUUCAGUUGUUCAGUUUGUGGCAAAAGCUUUUCUCGAAAUUAUGGUUUGACUGAACACAUGAGAACACACACAGGUGAAAAAACAUUUAGUUGUUCAGUUUGUGGCAUAAGCUUUUCUCGAAAUAGCAAUUUGACUAAACACAUGAGAACACACACAGGUGAAAAACCAUUUAAUUGUUCAGUUUGUGACAAAAGCUUUCCUCAAAAUAGCUAUUUGACUAAACACAUGAGAACACACACAGGUGAAAAACCCUUUAAAUGUUCAGUUUGUGGCAACAGCUUUUCUCAAAAUAGCAAGUUGACUCAACACAUGAGAACACACACAGGUGAAAAAACAUUUAAUUGUUCAGUUUGUGGCAAAAGUUUUUCUGUUAAGUGCAAUUUGACUGAACACAUGAGAACACACACAGGUGAAAAACCAUUUACUUGUUCAAUUUGUGGCAAAGGCUUUUCUGUUAAGUACAAUUUGACUCAACACAUGAGAACACACACUGGACUAAGACCAUUUAAUUGUUCAGUUUGUGGUAAAAGCUUUCCUCAUAACGGCUCUUUGUGGCGACACAUGAGAACACACGCUGGAGAAAAAAAUGUAGUUUUUCAGUGGGCUGUAAAAGGUUCACACAUAAUACAGAUGCAGUAAAACACAAAAGAGAGAAAAUAACCAAUUAGCUGUUUAGUUUGUGGUAUGUUGCUCAUAUGUGGCGACAUCCACCCUACCCAGGACCUCCUCACUGCUUCUUUCACAAAUAUCUGAGGUAUUCAUACAAACUUGGAUUAGUUGAAGCAUAAUCUUAUCUACUCAUGACCCCAUGUCUUCUCUGUAUCUGAAACCUUCCUGAACAGUAAGAUAGAUGAUGCUUCAAGUGCUUGGUUACUCCUUCUUCAGUCCAGGGACCUGGGGCCUCAUGUGUCAAGUUUGUGCACGCUCAAAAACCUGCACUACACCCUUUUUCACUGCAAAGUUGACAUGUAUCAAAAGCAUAAGUGAUGCUGGGUAACUGUUUGCA